AUGCCUUCUUUCAGAGCUCUAUUGUGUAUAGUUCUAUUUGUUUCUCUUAUAUUUCAAAGUUUUGCAGCUGGAAAUGAUACUUCCACAUUAGUUGUGAACGUUGGUACUGGAAGGCCAAUUUCCAAAAACUUUUUUGGAGUAUUCUUUGAGGAAAUUAAUCACGCUGGCGCUGGUGGAUUGUGGGCUGAGCUAGUCAGCAACAGAGGUUUUGAAGAACAAGGUUCACAACUUCCAGCAGGCAUCUUUCCAUGGUCAAUAAUAGGGGAUGAAUCAAACAUUUAUGUUGAAACUGAAGCUACGUCUUUGUUUCCUAUGAACAAAGUUGCUGUCAGAUUGGAUAUUCUCUGUCCUUCACCUUCAAAAUGUCCUAAUGGUGUUGGCCUUUCCAACCCUGGUUUUUGGGGCAUGAAUAUUGAGCAAGGGAAGAAAUAUAGAAUUAUAUUCUAUCUUCGUGCCUUAGGACCAAUUAAUUUGAAAGUGGCAUUUACAGGAGAAAAUGGAAAAGAGUUGGCUUCACAUAACAUCAAGGCUUAUGCAAGUUAUGUGAAAACAUGGAAAAAGUUUGAGACUAUUCUUGAAGCGACAGCAUCAGAUGUCAAUGCAAGCCUUCAAUUGACGACGACCCAGAAAGGAACUAUUUGGUUGGAUCAAGUAUCAGCAAUGCCUAUGGACACAUACAAGGGACAUGGUUUUAGAAAUGACCUUUUUCAAAAGGUGGCUGAUUUGAAACCAAAAUUUCUCAGAUUUCCUGGUGGCUGUUAUGUUGAAGGAAGUUAUAUGAGAAAUGCAUUCAGGUGGAAGUACACCAUUGGACCAUGGGAGAAGAGACCCGGUCACUUCAAUGAUGCAUGGGGUUAUUGGGUUGAUGAUGGAUUUGGUUAUUUAGAAUUUCUUCAGUUGGCAGAGGAUCUUGGCGCAGCCCCAAUAUGGGUAUUUAACACUGGUAUUAGCUUUCACGACUCAGUCAAUACCACGGGAAUUGGUCCUAUGAUUCAGGAAGCUCUUGAUGGUAUUGAAUUUACAAGAGGUCCUGCCACAUCAAGAUGGGGCAAAAUAAGAGCUUCUUUAGGUCACCCUGAACCCUUUGACUUACAGUAUGUUGCUAUUGGAAACGAGAAUUGUGGUAUGCCUAACUACCAUGGGAACUAUCUUAAGUUCUACGCUGCCAUAAAACGUGCAUAUCCAGAUAUGCAAAUUAUAUCAAACUGCGAUGCUACUGCAAAACCUUUGGACCACCCGGCAGAAUUAUAUGACUUCCACAUAUAUAAAGAUUCUACAACUAUGUUCAAAAACUAUACCAAGUUUGAUAAGAUACCUCGUUCCGGUCCUAAGGCUUUUGUUAGUGAAUAUGCUGUUCAAGAGGGUGAUGCCGCAAAAAAUAACGGAACCCUCUUAGCUGCAUUGGGUGAAGCUGGAUUCCUUAUGGGAUUGGAGAAGAACAGUGAUGUGGUUGAAUUGGUGAGCUAUGCACCAUUGUUUGUUAAUACACAUGAUAGGAGGUGGAUGCCCGAUGCUAUUGUAUUUGACUCGCAUCAGAGUUAUGCAACUCCAAGCUAUUAUUUGCAAAAGCUUUUCAUAGAGUCAAGCGGAGCAACAUAUUUGAACUCUACACUUGAAGCUCCUCCUUCAAUCCUUGCGUCUGCAAUUAUGUUCACAAAUUCAACCAACAAGAAGAGUUACAUAAGAGUGAAGGUUGUUAACUUCAAUGAGAAUCCUGCAACUCUUAAGAUCACUCUCAAUGGAUUGGGCACAAAUGUGAAACUAUCAGGAGCAACGAAGACAGUGAUCACAUCUGCUAAUGCACUGGAUGAGAAUUCCUUUAAAGAGCCUACAAAGGUUGUUCCAGUACAGAGUCCACUGGAUAAUGCUGGAAAGGACACAACUGUCACGCUCCCUCCACAUUCAGUCUCAGCUUUUGAUUUCCCAAAGUGAUUGACCACUUUUGAUGAUUCCCUUAUAUUUUUGUUUUAGUUUAGUUUUUUUUUUCCUGUGAGUACUAAAGUAGUUUUAGGCGUUGGUUAAUUUUAGAUUUAGAUUUUUGUUUAGGGUUUAGGCUGGUGAGUUCAGAGUUUCAAUGAUGUCCCUUUAUUUCUAC